GAUGACCAGACCAAGCGGAUGUACAACAGGAAUACUUUCAGCCUCCCCGAAGGUUUCAGGAUCCAAAUGUCAAGUCCAGAGGAAGGUGUAUCAUUCUGGGACCAGCAGUGUGUAACGUGAAAGAGACAGGAGGCAAGGAAGAGGACGUCCAAGGACAAUUCUCGAGUGUAUUGUACAUGGCUCUGUCAGUGCUGCUUGCUUUGAAAAGAACUCUACCCAAUGUUGAGAGGGGAAAAAUGUGAUGAACUUUACUAAUGCUCCCCAGUUGAAGCAUGGACAGAGGCCGGUGAAGGAAUCACAUUGCUUAAUAAGACCAUUUCUCUUGUGUUGGGAAGCUUAGGACAACUAAUUACCAAGGGAUUACUCAAGAUCUCUUCAGCACCAAGCUGUACAUACUGGUAUAGCAAGCCAGGCGCCAAAAUCUAAUGAGAGUUUGGUUCCGUUGGAUUUUUCUAAUCCAACACUAAUUUCUCAUAAUUUUUUCCUUUUUUCUUUUUCUCAUUCAUUGCAAUGGAGAUACAGUGGCGUUUAUGGAAUAAGGACUGGGCCUCCUUUUUAAGGCCAUGGAUACCCAUACUGCUAGGCCUUCACCUCCAAUUCUCCCGGGCAUCCAACUGUCCUGAGGAGUGCCGCUGCGAUCGCACCUUUGUUUACUGCAAUGAGCGGAGCCUGACCUCAGUGCCUCUGGGAAUUGGUGAGGGUUACAAAACCCUCUACCUCCACAACAACCAAAUCAAUAAUGCCGGCUUCCCUUUGGAACUCCACCAUGUGGCUUCUGUGGAAACUGUGUAUCUCUAUGGCAACCAGCUGGAUGAAUUCCCCAUCAACCUACCCAAAAACGUGAAGGUUCUCCACCUCCAAGAGAACAACAUUCAGACUAUCUCCAAAGCGGCUCUGGCUCAACUUCUCUGGCUGGAAGAGCUGCAUCUGGAUGAUAAUUCCAUAUCAACUGUAGGUGUGGAGGAGGGGGCCUUCCGAGAGGCGGUGAGCCUAAAGAUGCUCUUCCUCACCAAAAAUCACCUGAGCAGCGUGCCUAUUGGUCUUCCGGAGGAUCUAAAGGAGCUGAGAUUGGAUGAGAACCGCAUUGCAAUUAUUGCAGAGGAGGCAUUUAGGAAUGUCACCCGCCUGGAGCGCCUCCUGUUGGAUGGAAACCUGUUGACAGAUGAAGGGAUUGCACCAGGGACCUUCCAGGACCUGGCAACCUUAAGGGAGCUGUCACUGGCCCGCAACUCACUCACCUACCCACCCCCAUUCCUUCCAGGGGAGGUUCUGGUCAAGUUAAACUUCCAGGAGAAUCAGAUAAAUAGGAUCCCUGUGACGGCCUUUGUGGGAUUGCACAAGCUUGAGAGGCUGGAUAUUUCCAACAACCAGCUGCAGUCACUGACACAGGGGGUCUUUGAUGGCCUCGUCAGCCUCAGACAGCUUACUGUUCGGAACAACCUUUGGCUAUGUGACUGCAGCAUCAAAUGGGUUGUAUCAUGGCUUAAAUCGCUGCCAGCCUCACUCAAUGUGCGUGGGUUCAUGUGCCAAAAGCCUGAGAGGGUCCGGGGCAUGGUGAUCAGGGAGCUGAGUGCUGAGCUGGUCCAGUGCCCACAGAGCACCCCAGUGGCACCGCUGCCCACCCACCUGCCCACUUCACCAGCUGACUCCAUUCUAACCCCAUCCCCCUUACCUUCCAUAGACUUCCCUUCAGUGACUCAAUACUUCCCCCCCUCCUCAAAGCAACCCUCCUUCCCCACAAUGCCCACCCUCCAUCCUGUCUAUCCAACCAGAGAGGGGGUACCAAGGACUAAGCAGCCUCUGGACCCCCGCAGGGAAACCCUGCAGGUCACCUUUGCCAUACUCAAUGGCUCAGCUAUCCAUGUCAGCUGGGUGGCAGCCUUCCCAGUCACUGCCUACAAGGUGACCUGGGCCAGGAUGGGGCCCAGUCUGACAGGUGACACCGUCAGAGAGAGGAUGGUGGGUGGGGAGCAUCGGGGUAUUCGACUGGCUAACCUUGAGCCAAAGUCCACCUAUCGGAUCUGUGUCAUUCCCUUGGAUGCAUUCAAUAACUAUCGGCCCAAAGAUGACACUGUGUGCACGGAGGCUACCACCACGGCAGCCUCUUUCAGCCCUGACAACAAGAGACCAUCAGGACCUGAGCAGGCCACGCAGCAAGACCCCAGCUCGCCUUUCUUGCUAGCAGGGCUGAUUGGGGGGGCUGUUAUUGUGGUGCUGGUCGUACUACUCAGUAUUUUCUGCUGGCACAUGCACAAGAAGGGACGUUCCAAGUCCUCCACCAAGUGGAAAUAUAAUCGGGGUCGGAGAAAAGAUGACUACUGCGAAGCAGGCACCAAGAAGGAUAAUUCCAUCUUGGAAAUGACUGAGACCAGCUUCCAGAUAGUCUCACUCAACAAUGAGCAGCUCCUCAAGGGAGAUUUCCGUAUUCAGCCUAUUUACACCCCUAAUGGGGGCAUCGGCUUCCGAGACUGCCCCCUGGGGAACAACAGCACAGUCUACUGCAAGAACAAUGUUCAGGAUGCAGAGUUUGUCGCACAUGAUGGUUUUGGAAAGCAUCAGGAGCCUUUGUAUUGACGAUGACCCAUACUUUACAGGACACUGUACAGUGUUAAUAUUAUUUGAAACCCUUGUGUCUUCAAGAAAUGUAAUUUAUACAGCUGGCUGAACAAUACUUGUUGAAAUUUAGUUAUCUUUUAUAUACCUUAGUAAAGUUGGAUUUCUAAGUUAUUGGUUUCUGAAUUUGUGCUGUUUCAGUUCUGUGCUGACAAACGUACAAUCAGGAUUCAUUUAUUUUUAAGCAUUAAGGCUGGGUUUCAUUUUGACUUGAUCUUCACUAUAACUGGACCAUUUUGAAGUCAUUGUAAACUGUGACCAUAACAGGUACAGAAUUCUACCCGCAGCUGAAGUAUAUCAUCAAGAGUACUGAAAGCAGUUGGUUAAAGCAAGGAUGAGAGAAAGAGAAAAAAAAGACAGUCACAAGUUAUCCGCUUACACCACUAGAGGGCAUACAUUUUUGGGGGGAUGCAUAAAGUUAACCAUAAUUUCCCUGUUUUUACCAAAUUAUUAUUAUUAUUAUUAUUAUUAUUAAAAAAUAAAGUCAUCAACAUAAUGUCACAUCUGUUUAAUUUCAGCUACAUCUAACAGAAAUGAGAAUGAAUUAAUGCUGUAAGGAGAGGACAAAUAUUUUCAUGCAAAUGAGAACCUCUCUGUGCUUCACUAGGAAAUUUAAAGGUCAGCCAUUGAGGCCUUUCAAGCAACAGCAUACUCCAAACACUCACAAAUAUUGUGACCGUUAUUUUAGUAUUAUUAUAUACAGCCAUUGCUUUCACCUGCUUUUCAAAAUAAAUACAUUUAUAAUGUAAGGGACCUGUAACUUGUAAGAGAGUGAACAGCAACAAGCACAUCUGUCAUCUCUGUUUAAAAAAGAAAAAAAAAAAAUUGGGAACCAACUAUGUCAUAUUUGUUCAGCAAAAAUAAUGUUAUGGUAAAACAGUAUAUAUGUGCCUUGAAAUUAUCAGCUUACAAUGUCUUUUGAAUCCAUGUUUUUUGCACAAAGUGUACUGUACAUACAUUCAAUUGAAAUGUUG